AUGCUUUCAGGCAUGCUUUCGAAGACAGUUGUGCUUGCCUUGCUUGGAUCACUUGUUUUUUCAAUAGGAUUAGUCCGAGCUGAUGAUCCUGUUGAUGGUGAGGUGUCUGAGGAUCAGGACAUCAUUAAAGCUGAUGAUGAUGACCUGACAGUGACUUCUUCUGCUGAUGCUGUUGUUUCGUUUAUCUUCACUCAACCUGCUGACGCUAAUAUCCACAAAGAAAUCCAUGGUGGAAAGGUCGUGAAAUUCCUUAUUGGAUUCCAAAAUCGAGGUGAGAAGGACUUCCUCGUCAAGCAUUCCGAGACUUCUUUCCGUUAUCCCAUGGAUUUCAACUACUACCUUCAGAACUUCACUCUUGGCCAAUACAAUCGCCGUGUUGCUCCCAAGGAAGAGGUGACUUUGGAUUACGCUUUCUUCGCACACGAAAGCUUUGCUGGGCGUCCUCUUGGGCUCGUUGUUAACCUUCACUAUGAAGACUCGGAAGGGCACUAUGUUACCAACGUCUUCAACGAGACUGUAACGAUUCUCGAGGACGAUUCUGGUUUCAACACGGAAACUGGCCUCAUGUUUCUCGUUUUUGCCAUUAUCAUUGUGCUACUCCUUCUUGUUGGUCAACACUUCCUCAACAAGUUUACUCGCAAAGCUGGUAUGCAAAAGAAACGUCAGCCAGUUGUGGAACAAGGCACCAAUAACUCUGAAGUCGAUUUCGAAUGGAUUCCAAGGGAAAUUCUGAAGCAGAACGAGAAAAAGUCUCCAAAACCGGGUUCACCUCGCAACAAUGGUAAAACGAAGAAGACCAACUAG